AUGCACUGGAAAGCUACAACAAUCCUUAUUUGUGCAUACGGAAUAGUGAAGGAAUUCCGGCCAGCAACACCUUUCCUCACUCCAUACCUCGUUUCAUCCUUUAAGAACUUCACUGAUGUCGAAUUGUAUAGCGAAAUUUAUCCAUUUUGGACAUACUCAUAUUUGCUCUUUUUAGUGCCAAUAUUUUUCCUGACUGAUAUCUUACGAUAUAAGCCGAUCAUUGUAUUAGAAGCUCUUAGUUUGUGUGGCACUUGGGCGCUCCUAUUAUGGGGUAAAACCGUAUGCCAUAUGCAGAUUAUGCAAAUUAUUUUUGGAAUAUCAUCGGCUGCGGAAAUAGCUUAUUACUCGUAUUUAUACGCAGUAGUUAAUCAAAAAUAUUACAAACUUAUCACAUCUUAUAUACGGGCUGCUGCCUUGGUUGGAAAAUUUUUUGCCUUUGGUCUUGCUCAAUUCCUUAUCUCAUUUCAGUAUGGGUCAUACCUUCUUUUGAAUCAGAUAUCAUUCGGUUCAGUUUGUACAGUUCUUGGGAUUGCUAUCGUUCUUCCAUCGAUACCAUCCAAAUUAAGUGCAAAUAAAGUUAUUGAAAUUGAUGAAGAUACGGCUAAACGUUCUCAUAUCACAGUAGAUUAUGAAAGCGGAUUGCAAAAUAAGGAACAAAAUUUUGAAGAAAAAGCUGCUCUAAAUGCCAGUACGCUCAAUGUUGACCAGGGAAUUGCCGCUUAUUUUCGAGCGAUUUGGUAUUGUUUUAAAAUUUUCAAGCGCAAUAAAAUUGUCCUGAAAUGGAGCAUUUGGUGGGCGCUAACUAGCUGCGGUACUUUUCAGGUUAUGAAUUAUGUACAAACAUUAUGGGCUACAAUGCAAACAUCUUCUGAUACAUACAAUGGUAUUACCGAAUGUACCAACACUUUUAUCGGAGCAUUUAUCAGCUUUUUGGUACAGUAUAUGAACGUGAAUUGGUCAAAACGGGGUGAACACGUAUUGUUGAUCACGUCAGCGCUUAUCGCUAUUUUUCUUGUUAUUAUGGCUCAAACGGAAAUUGUUUACAUUACAUACGUACUCUAUGUUGUCGUGAUAACUAUUUAUCACCUUCUGAUAACAGUCGCAAGGUGUGGUUUGUUCCUAGAGAGUUUCUAA